AUGAGCCAAGGAGGUUGGAUAGGAACAUGGAGGCCUCAUCGUCCAAGAGGCCCAAUCAUGGCCCAGUAUACCAGUCCUGGCCCCAAGUACUCCAUACAAGGAGCAACAGGUUAUGUAUCACACAUUCCCACCAAAAGGAAAGCACCUGCCUACAGCAUGUAUGGUGCAAAGCCUCUAUCUAGCAAGGACAAUGUUCCGGGUCCUUACUUUGUGCAGGGUUCUGUGACUAAUAGAGGAAAGAAGACUGGUCCCUGUUUUUCAAUAGGUGGGCGAACUGAAUCAAAAGUGGAGACUACCCCAGGUCCUGCCUGUUACUCACCUGAUAAGGCAAAAAAAGUUAUCUAUAAAGCUGCUCCCAUGCAUUCCAUUGGAUAUCGGACUCAUGGAGGAAAGGUGGAUAGUACGCCAGGUCCUAACAAUUAUAUGAUUCCAGAGGUCCUUGGACCACAUUCAGUGGCUACCCCAGGUAGCCCUUCCUAUUCUAUGACAGGAAAGAGUAAGCUUGGACGUUUUGAUGAAGACCUUCACAAGACUCCAGGUCCAGCCGCAUAUCAUAAGCCCAGUGUAGAGAUCUACAAAAAGAGUGCACCAAAAUAUACCAUGGCAGGCCGACUCAAAGAUCACAAAACUGACAAAAUGCCUGGACCUGCAGAGUACGAACUGGGAAAGAUAUCUUGUGCUCCUGUAAUCAGUUUUGGAAUCAGACAUUCCGAUUAUACAACCCCUGUGAUUGUGGACGUUUACUGA